ACUUGGUAUCAGCAGUAACCAGUGUGAAUAACUGGUCAGGCACAGCAUGGAUAACUCCAAUAGUUGGUGCUUAUAUAGCAGAUUCUCACUUGGGCCGCUUUUGGACAAUCACUUUUGCGUUGCUCAUAUAUGCCAUGGUUUUGCAUACCCUGUAAGGAAUUUACAAUAUGGAUAGCAGAUCCAGAAUCAAUCCACCAGGUGUUAAUAUGCCUAGCCUAUUCCUUCUUUCUGCCACACCAUUAUGAUUUGGAGAACCAUGCAUAGUGUAAUGGGCAACAAUCCCAUGUUCUUGAAGAAACUUUACAAAAGGAUCAGGAAAUCUUAAACGACCCAUAUUCCUACGGGAGGCUGUUCAAAAUGAAGUGCACCAGGAAGGACUCAAACAUAUCAACCUCCGGUUUCUUAAGUUGAGCUCAAAUAUCUCGCAUUUGCAUUAUAUACUCACGCACACCUUUCACACUGGUAAGUCGAAGAGAGGAGAACUUCACGAUCAGGGUGCUUACUAAAGCCUUAUUUGAAGUAAUGAACUGAUCAUCAAUGACCUUAAGCAAAUCUCAGACCUUUUCAUGCUGGUCGACAGAACCACAUAUCCCAGCCAAGAUUUUGGUUUUAAUGAACAUCACGCAGAGCCGGUUGGAUCGCUCCUACUACUCAUAUAGCGCAACAUCAGUUGGGCUACUUUCAUCAGUGAUUGCAGGGAAUGGGGCUCCUGGUUCUUACUACAUCACUGAAGUGCUUCAGACCAACGUGUACAGAUGGAAUUUGUAAAGAAGCAUCAACCGUACAAUUAACAUUAUACUAUUUAUCAAUAUACACCAUAGCCAUUGGCAGUGGCGUGCUGAAGCCCAACAUGUCAACUUUUGGUGCUGACCAAUUCGAUGACUUCAGACCCAAAGAAAAAGUGCUAAAAGUUUCAUACUUCAACUGGUGGUCGUUUAACACUGCAUUUGGCACUUUAGCCGCUACACUGUUUGUUGUGUACAUUCAAGAGAGGUUUGGGUGGGGAUUGGGGUAUGGAAUAUCAGCGGUUGGUUUUCUAGUUGCCUCUGUUACCUUCUUUAUGGGUGUUCCAAUAUAUAGGCAUAAAUCCAGAAAGGGGAAGAGCCAUGCAAAGGAGUUUUUCAGUGUCCCUGUUGUUGCUUUCAGAAAUAGGAAGCUUCAACUUCCUAGUAGCCCUUCUGAACUGCAUGAGUGUGAGAUGCAACAUUACAUUGAUAGGGGAAGACGACAAAUUUAUCACACUCCUCGUUUCAGGUUCUUAGACAAGGCUGCUAUAAAACAAGAGAAAACAGAUGCCUCAAAUCCCCCAUGCACAGUGACUCAAGUAGAGAGAAACAAGCUUGUUCUAGGGAUGCUUGGAAUAUGGCUACUAAUUAUAAUCCCAAGCAACUUCUGGGCAGUGGAAGUAACCGCGUUUGUCAAGCAAGGCACAACAAUGGAAAGGAACCUGGGCCCCAACUUCCAAAUACCAGCAGCCUCCCUGUGGAGUUUUGUGGUGGUCACCAUUCUCAUUUGUGUCCCCAUUUACGAAUGUUACUUCGUACCGUUCAUGCGUCGAAGAACCGGCCUUCACAGAGGAAUCAAAAUGCUUCACAGGAUUGCCAUAGGAGUUGCCAUCCAAAUCAUGGCAGCUGCAGUCAUGUUUGCUGUGGAAAUUCGAAGAAUGAAAGUCAUAAGGGAGAAACACAUAACUGGUGCAAAAGAAGUAGUUCCAAUGAGCAUAUUCUGGUUGUUGCCUCAACAUGUUCUACUUGGUCUUGCAAACACAUUCCUUAUGGCUGGAUUGCUAGAAUUCUUCUAUGAUCAAUCACCAGAAGAAAUGAAAGUACUUGGCACAGCCUUUUACACAAGCACCAUAGCUGUUGGGAAAUACUCCAACAGUUUACUAGUGUUUAUGAUAGAUAAAUUUUCAAGGAAGAUGAGUGGUAAGAGCUGGAUUGGUAACAAUCUUAAUGAUUGUCACCUUGAUUACUAUUAUGCUCUUCUUUUUGUGAUAUCUGCGUUUAAUUUUGCGGUCUUUCUGUGGGUACAAAGGGGAUACAUUUACAAGAAGGAAAAUACAACAGAGGUGAAUGAGUUUGAGAUUGUGAGAGCAGAAAAGACAGAAUCACAGGUAGGAAAAGCUUGACCUUUAUUAGCAUUUGAUACAUGUAAGUAUCAUAGCAGACAUGGCAAAAAUGGAAAUGCUAGAUGCCUAGAUGUUAUUGUGUUACUAUAAUUCAUUUGCUGUUAUUUAG